AUGGAUGAAGUUUACUCCAAAGCCGAAGAAGUCAUCGUCGACCUAGGGGACUCAGAUGAGGAUACCGAAGAGCUACUUCUGGAACUUAACCGCUAUCAGCUCAUCCCGGAAAGUGUUUGGUUUCAGAUCGACAUUAAAGCCUCUCAAUCGUCGAUCGCUCGCAGUAUCGAGCUGUGUACAACAAUGAAACUUCCAGGACCGACCUCGAAAUUUUGGCACACUUUUCGCCGCUUCAUGGGUCGGCCGUGGUUUAUCAGAGUCUGGAUUGUGCAAGAAUUUGCUCUCUCUCAGAGAGCACGCUUCAUGAUUGGUCCACACUUUCGAGACAAAAAAUUCCUUCGCAACGCGAUUUCACGAGCUGCGAAGCAUCUCGAAAUCCUCUAUCUACAGGACAGAUUUUACAAUGCCCCCGUGGAACCGAACAAGACUCUUGGCGACGCAAUCUGGGACGUACUACCGAAAUAUCAUGCUGUGCAUAGGAUAAGCCUAACUGCCGAACAAGCGGGCACCUCGAGAAGUCUUUGCGAGCUGCUGGACGCCACUACUACAUAUUUCAAAGCCACAAAGGACUGUGACAAAGUUUAUGCCCUUCUUGGCAUGGUGACAGAUGCAACGAUCAAAUCAGAUAUAGUCGUGGACUACAAUGAGUCGCUGGCAAAUCUCAUGCUUCGAACAAGCCAGUAUCUCAUUCAACGUCAAGCUAGAAACUAUGUGCUCUACCACUCCGUCGGCGAUCGUCCUGGCUACUCGUCCUGGACGAUCAACCUGCAAGGUCCUCCUGAUGGAUUGCCCCACCUCAUCAACCCCGAUGGCGCACUCAAGUAUGGCGAUUUCACUGCUGGUGGUCUGUCUAGCUAUGAGUGCCAACCAUCUCAGUCUCGAGCGGGUGGAAUAGUAGUUCGAGCUUGUGUGGUCGAUGCCAUUCAUAUGGCAAUGGCACGAGGUAUUCCAAGUAACUCUGAGCUGUCUACUCAGGAGGACCUUGCAUCGCAUGCGAAAUGGAAGCUUCAUGCCGUCAAAUGGAUGCUUGAUGUCGUACCCACCCAGUCGCUCCCGCUGCAUGAGUUCACGAAACUAUGCUGGCGAGUAAUUGUAGCGGAUCUGAUAAUGCCGAGUGAAGGUGAGGGUCGUGGCUAUUGCCGCAUGCGAGACUGGCCUGGAUCCGCACGAUGUCUGGACACCGUAAACACAAUCUUCCGAGCAGUGUACCAAAAAUGGACUGGAGAACUACCGGCAUCAUACACGAUGGACUUGACUUCUACACAGUUGAAUGAUAUCCGGAUCUACGGCGACAGCAUGUCACACACGACUGGGCGGAAGUUGGCCAUGAGCCACAAAUUAAACGGAGCUUGUCUGGUGCCGUCUGAUAGCAGAAUUGGAGACCACAUUGUCGUUGUUCAAGGCUGCCAAAUGCCUUUCAUUAUGAGACUCGAUUGCGAUGAGAAGGGCGACUAUUAUCGUCUUGUCGGCUGUGCUUAUGUGCAUGGCGUUAUGGAUGGGGAGAUUAUGCAAGGACAAGACUGGAAUUUCAAGGAUCUGGAAAUUUGUUAG